AUGUUAGUCUUUGAUAGAAAUUCCGACGAUUUGAUUUUAGAAGGUUUUAGUUCCAGCAAAACCUCCAUGAGUAGCGACACGACCAUUAGUCAUUGCACUAGUUUUAGCCGAUUGUCUUUGGAGCUGCCCAAUAGCUCGCCAGAAAAUCUGCAUACACUGAAACCCCACCGAUCAUCGGACUACUCACUCCAUGCCAUUCGCUCAAAGACGAGUAUGAGCUUCCGGGACUUCAAUUUGGUCCGCCAGAUCGGCAGUGGAGACAUUGGCAAAGUGUAUCUCUGCCGCCUCCGCAGCACGGCGGAGGGGCGGCUCUACGCCAUGAAGGUAGUCGAUAAUGAAGUUUUAGCAAUGAAGAAAAAAUCCCAGAGAGCUGAAACUGAAAGAAACAUCAUGAGAAUGCUGGACCAUCCAUUUUUGCCUACUCUUUAUGCUGAAUUUGAAGCCUCCCAUUUCUCUUGUGUUGUAAUGGAAUACUGUUCUGGGGGUGAUUUGCAUUCCCUUAGGCACAAACAGCCUCAAAAACGCUUCUCUCUCACCUCAGCUAGGUUUUAUGCAGCUGAGGUAUUGGUAGCGCUGGAAUACCUCCACAUGUUGGGAAUCAUCUACAGGGACUUAAAGCCAGAGAAUGUGUUGGUUAGAUCGGACGGUCACAUUAUGCUCACUGAUUUUGAUCUUUCCCUUUGCUCAGAUUCAAUCCCAGCCAUAGAAUCGCCUGACUUUUCAUCUGAUGACCCACCGUCAUCACCGACAACCCGUACACUAACACCGUUCUCCUGCAUUUCCGACCGGCUGUUCCGGUCAAAGAAGAUCCAGUCAUUCUCCAACAACCGGUUGUUCGUGGCGGAGCCGGUUGCCGCCCGGUCUUGUUCUUUCGUUGGAACCCACGAAUAUGUGGCGCCCGAAGUUGCCUCUGGUAGGUCCCACGGCAAUGCAGUGGACUGGUGGGCCCUUGGGAUCUUUAUUUACGAAAUGAUUUACGGAGAGACCCCGUUUGCUGGUGUAUCGAAUUCGGCCACACUGCGUGACAUUGUAAAAAAGCCGCUAGCUUUCCCCACCGGCGCGCCGUGCAGUGUGAGUGAAAUACACGCUCGGGACUUGAUAUCCCAGUUACUCAACAAGGACCCGAAUAGGAGACUUGGGUCGAAACGCGGGGCGGCGGAUGUCAAGACCCACCCGUUUUUUAAGGACUUAAAUUUCGCUCUAAUUCGAUCCGUAAUGCCACCGUGUUUACCGGGAAUCCGUAAGCAGAGAACGAUGACGUCAGUAUAUGAGAAGAAUUGGAGGCAACAAACGGCGUCGUUUGACAUGUUCUGA